AGUGAAAGAGCAAGUUUACUCUGCUGGACUCCCGGAGGCUGUGGACCCAUCCCCACCACACUCUCUACAGCAGCGGAGGAACAAACCUGUAGCACGUCCUUGAACUGUACUUAGAGGGGAAAUUUCAGCUUUCUGGACCUUCUCCACCUGAAGAACAGCUGCCAGUGCUGAAGUUGGGGAUAACCAGGUGUUUGUCACACUCUUCCGUGCUCCCUUUUGAGUCACCUCCAUCCUCCCUCCCCGCCCUCUGACUCCGCCUCCUCCAACAUGUCCUCUCAGGAUGCUGCCAUCAAAGGGUCGCGACCUGUGACCCCUCCACUGCUUUCUCCAAGAUCCCCAUGUUCCCCAGAAUCACUGCAGCCUCCAGGCUGCAGACGCAGAGACCGCUCGCCUUCCCCCAUGAGAGGCUACCUCAUCCCCAGCCCUCUGCCCACACGCAGAAACAGGACCUGCUCAGCGACGGCUCGUGCAGCAGAGGGUCCCGUGUUUACUGGCGUGUGUAAACAUUUUUCCCGCUCCAAAGGCCAUGGAUUUAUCACACCAUCGGACGGGGGCGCCGACAUCUUUGUCCACAUCUCAGACAUCGAGGGCGAGUACGUGCUGGUGGAAGGCGACGAAGUGAGCUACAAGGUGUGCUCCAUCCCUCCUAAAUAUGAGAAGGUCCAGGCGGUGGAGGUGACCAUAACCCAUCUCAAUCCUGGAACCAAACACGAGACCUGGUCGGGGCACACCGUCGACAGCUGAACCCUGACCCUCUCCGGGGUGGGCGGGGUCAACAAGAUUGUGGCGGAUGGUAGAAGUGAAGUAGAGAGAAGGGGGGGAAAAAAAAAACCAAAAAAAAACUAGGAGGGUUUGAAGGGGCCUGUUGAUCUGAGUGGUGUGUGAAUAGAUUUGUGAAUACAGUGGGUGAGGUGUUUAUGCCAGGGAGACUUCACAUUAGGUUUCUUGCUUUGAAUUGUAACCCCCCACCCCCCAUAAUAAAAAUUUGGGAGUAAGUUUGAAAUUGGACAACAAUUUCUAUUUCCUGGAAAUCUUCACAAAGAUGCAUUUGGAAGAGUUGAACUGGCUGGUACUGGAAGUACUGAUGUGGCUCCAGCACUGUGGGGUUAUUUUACAACUAUACUGUGUGCCUACUUCUCUACACAGAGUUUACUCAGUUUGUGCCUGCCUACACCUAUAAUCUGUAUUUGAUCGUGUUUGGAUGGCUAUACAAGUGAAUUAAACCACUUUUACCUGGUA